AUGUUGGCUGCAAGAGCGUCGGCCGCUCGUCGUGCCUCACGACUAGCUCGCAAUUUUGCCACCGUUGUCGACGCCGCUGGCGUGAAGGUCGCCGCGGUAGACAACGGUCAACCCACCUCUGCUGUCACUUUUCUGGUCAAGGGUGGCAGCAGGUUUGAGAGCAAGCCGGGCGUCGCGCACGCGCUGAAAGGCUUUGCCUUCAAAAGCACUGCCAAGCGGUCGUUUUUGGGUACCAUCCGAGAAGCGGAGCUCUAUGGUGGUGUGCUGUCCGCGGGCCUCACAAGAGAGCACCUCGCUCUGACCGCCGAGUUCUUGCGUGGUGACGAGGACUUCUUCGUCGACGUCCUCGCCUCCUUCAUCACUUCUGCGAAAUACACGCGCCAUGAGCUCGACGAGUACGUCGCACCCUUCUGCGCGGCCGAGACUGCCACUGCCUUCGCAAGUCCCGCGACACGUGCGCUCGACCUUGCGCAUCUCCUCGCGUUCCGCACCGGCCUCGGCGUGUCGCCGUUUACCUCCGCAGGCACGCAUAUCUCCGCUGAGGACGUCAGGGCCUUCGCCGACUCCGUCUUCACCGCGGGCAACAUCGCUGUCCUCGGUACCGGCAUCGCACCUGACGUGCUCGCGAAGCUGCUCGAGAAGUCCCUUGGCGCGGGUGCGCUUUCUACUGCGGCGGCGCCAAAGAGCACGCCCUCCGCGUACUUUGGUGGUGAGACCCGCAUCGAGGCACAUGGCGCUCCCGAGACGGUCUUCGUCGGCUUUGGUACGUCCGGCACGCCCACGGCUGAGCUCGCAGUGCUUGCUGCGCACCUGGACCCGACGCCGUCUGUGAAGUGGUCGCAGGGCCUGUCUCCCGUUUCUGCAGGCAUCCCGGUCGGCACGUCCGUGCAAACCGUCCUUCUUCCUUACUCGGAUGCUGCGUUAUUCGGUCUGCUCAUUCAGGGUGAAUCUACGGAGGGUGUCAAGGCGGCAGGCAAGGCGGUUGUGGCUGCGCUGAAGUCGGCGGGUGAGCUGAAGGGCGAUGAGCUGAAGAAGGCUGUGGUCAAAGCGAAGUUUGCUGCCGCCAGCGCAUCGGAAGGUCGUGACGGUCUCCUCUCCUCGUUGGGUGCGAGCACUCUACUUGGCUCGGAAUCAUCUCUUGACGCUAAGCUUGCAAGUUUCGACAAGAUAGACGCAUCUGCAUUCUCCAAGGCCACCGCCUCAUUGCUCAAGAGCAAGCCGACAUAUGUGACGGUCGGUGAUGUCAAGACCUUGCCUUAUGCGGAUGAACUUGGGCUGUGAUGUUUAAAAUAGAUAGUUCGACGAAUUGAGACGGGCGCACUACAUUACGGCAGUGUUAGUAAUUGCGCACUGUGUGUCCUGGUACGCGCCGG